CUUGACAUUCUAAGGAUUUGUACUAAACCUGUUUCAUGCAUGUCCACUGGAGGCAGGUUUGACUUUGAUGACGGGGGGUCGUACUGCGGGGGGUGGGAGCAGGGUAAGGCCCAUGGACGAGGGGUCUGCACGGGGCCCCAGGGUCAGGGCGAGUAUGCGGGCGCCUGGAGCCACGGCUUCGAGGUCCUGGGCGUGUACACGUGGCCCAGCGGGAACAACUACCAGGGCACCUGGGCACAGGGGAAGCGGCACGGCAUCGGAGUGGAGAGCAAGGGCCGCUGGGAGUACAGAGGGGAGUGGACGCAGGGGUUCAAAGGUCGCUACGGGCAGCUGGAGAGUACAGCGAGCGGGGCCCGGUACGAGGGGACGUGGAGCAACGGGCUGCAGGAUGGAUACGGCACGGAAACCUACUCCGAUGGAGGAACCUACCAAGGCCAGUGGCUGGCCGGAAUGCGUCAUGGCUAUGGCGUGCGGCAGAGUGUGCCGUACGGCAUGGCGGCAGUCAUCCUCUUUCCUCUGCGAACAUCCAUAAACUCCCUCCGCUCCGAGCACAGCCACGGCCCUCCGGCUGUGCUGGAGGACGGCUCCGUCACCACGCCCACGGACGGAGUGGUGGCCGGGCUGGCCGGGAGCCCUGUGGGGCGGGGUGGCUUCGCUCUAACGGCUCCCAGUGAAGCUGAGCGCCAGAGGAAGAGGAAAGGCCGCUUCCGGCAGUCCAUUUUGAGCGGCCUGAAGCUGCGGCGCUCCGAGUCCAAAAGCUCGCUGGCCAGUCAGCUCAGCAAGCAGAGCUCCUUCUGCAGCGAGGCCGGCAUGAGCACCGUCAGCUCUGCUGCGUCUGACAUCCACUCCAAUGCCAGCGAGAGUGAGCAGGGCGCCCCUGUGGACGCCACCGUCACUGAAAUGUACGCUGGCGAGUGGCGGAGCGACCAGAGGGCCGGCUGGGGUGUGAGCCGGCGCUCGGACGGCCUGCAUUAUGAAGGGGAAUGGGUGGGGAACAAGAGGCACGGGUAUGGAUGCACCACCUUCCCCGACGGCACCAAGGAGGAGGGGAAGUACAAGCAGAACACGUUGGUGAGCGGAAAACGCAAGAACCUGAUCCCACUGAGGGCCAGUAAGAUCAGAGAGAAGGUGGACCGGGCCGUGGAAGCUGCGGAGAAGGCUGCAGACAUCUCCAAGCAGAAAGCAGAGAUCGCCAUGUCCAGGAUGAGCCACGCUCGUGGGAAGGCGGAGGCCGCUGAAGGCGUGGCGCAGAAGGCCAUGGAGGAGUGUCGUCUGGCCCGGAUCGCUGCAAAAGAGCUCUCUCCCUCCUUUCACAUCUACGGCAACGGGCUCGAAUGUCAGAGGCCCAAGCACCAGGACGCCAAGGACAAAGACCACGAGGUGAUCUCGACAGGAACAGACAGUCCGGAGCUGUGCACACCGGACACCACGCCGCCUGUGAUAACACCUGAUCUCAGCCCCGUGCUGAGCGUUCCCACCUCGACCCCCCACAGCCCGCCCAAACACGGCCAUCGCCCCAGAAAUGCUUGCUUCAUGCGCCAGAGUGCCGUGGACGAUCAGGGCGGGGCUGAGAUCCAGGUGCUGGUGGAGGGGCGGGGCAUGGAUCUGCCGAGGGGAGGGGCUAACAAUUGGACUGAAGACAUGUAUCCAGAGCGCGGAGGCAGCAGCCGCUCGACCACACCCUCCCUUCUGGAGGAGCAGGAGGGCCAAGUGAACGGACACGAGCAAGCCCCUUUGUCCAACCACAAACCGCGGGAGAAAUCUUCGUCCAAUCACAAGUACCGGGAGCACACAUCCUCCUACAGAGCGUGGGAGCACUCCUCGUCCAACCAAAAGCCCUCCAAGCAGGCCUCUUCCAAUCACAAGUCAAGGGAGUACUCAUCCUCCAAUCACAAGACAUGGGAUCAUUCUUCCACCAAUCACAAGGCCUGCGAGCACGCCUCUUCCAACUACAAGCCGCAGGUGCACAUUUUAUCCAAUCACAAGGCCUUGGAACAUAACAUGUCCAAUCACAAGACUUCUGAGCAUGCUUCUUCCAAUCACAAGUCCCAAGAUUAUAUCCCCUCCAAUCACAAUUCAAAGGACCACGUCUCUUCUAGUUGCAACCCUCGAGAGCAUGUCUACUCCAACCACCAUCCAAAGCAGCACAACCCCUCCAACCACAAGCUAAACGAGCAUACUGUAAUCGACCAAAGGCUAGACGCAGUCACCGGCGGGGGCUGGACAGCUGAAAGCACCCUUAGGUGGAGCCCUGCCCACUCGCGCCUCACAGAGCAGGACGAGGAGAGGAUGAAUGACUAUAACCGGCUGCGAUCCCGAGGCCUUCGGCCGGUCAGAGAGGGGUCCAUGGACUCUGUACAGAUGCUGGACAACCUGAAUGUGGGGGCAGAGCUGGAGGAGUGGCCGCUGCACAGGGACCUCACCCUCUCCCCACCCCUCAAGUCUCAGCCCAUCACUCUGGAGCAGGAAGGAGAGCAUCUCAUCCUCAAAUCAAACUCAGGCUCCAGCUCUAUCCUGGUGGUUAUGGUCAUUUUACUCAAUAUUGGAGUAGCCAUUCUUUUCAUUCACUUCUUUAUUUAAGCUUAUACAGGUAUGAUCUACUAAGACUUAUUGAUAACUACGGUAUAUUAUAUUAUUACUUACUGAGACGGACAUUCUGCCAACUCGACUGGAGCCCGCAGCUCGAGUGACGCCCACAGCAGAGCCUUUCUAUUGUUGCUUCUGGUCUUUUCACCUCUGUUGAAGCCCGUUUCAGUUUUCUCUGAAAGCACCGUUUCCUUUACAAAUGCUUAUUUUGAGCUUGCAAACCAUAGAAAAGAAAGUAAGAAAGUAAAAAAAAGUUUAAAAAAAAAAAAAAAAAAGACAAGAAAAGUGCAGCUUUAAACUAGCGUGGUGUAUUGGGACACACGUGCAUGGGUGUCCAUCGGUUAAUGUUCAAUGGACUGGAGAUGGCACAGGCAGUUCUGCCCAUUUUUCCAUCACUUAAGACAAGAAUAUAGCAACCUUUGUUCCCUGGUUAUUGUGAGAAACAUGCAAACCAAGGUCAUGACACACACUCCGUCCUAAAACCCCACAGACAAUUACCCUUUUUGCCUUUUAACCCUUUCUCCCUGUUGCCCCGCCAUCCACCAAUCUCUAUAACCCACCUAUUCGCACUAUGCGCUACAUACAGAACUAUGCUGCAACAGUAGAUCCAUUUUAAAGGGCUUCGUCAUUAUUCUUUUCUUUUUUUUUCCACUACGAACUACACACACAACCAUUGCAUGAGGCUGUGUGGGGGUUUUAAAAAGUGCAUUUUAUAUCCCUUUAACAUCACCGUCCUGUCCCCAUUUGUAUGCUCUCCAUCCCCUGGUUGUCACUUCCAGAGAUUUUUUUUGGAAAGAAAUCAGCCGCCACGCCAGCUCACGUGUCCAAUCGAAAUCACAGAAUCUGACCGAAACAGAUUCAUCAGCGACCAACAACACACUCCAAGACCCAUGAGUCUAAAACGCCUCGAGGAACUUCCUGAAUUUAUUAAGUGAAACACAUUUGCACGCAAAAAAAAACCCAACACAUACACAUUUAACUGCUGACAUACUGGGGAGGGGUCGGCCUCUCCCCUUUGUUCAGCCUUGAGACUGUUAAGUUAUAACCACUAAUUCUACUAUAUAUGUGUAUGUGUCAUUAUUAUUCAAGUUUGUUACUUUUUUGCAAUUUGCAAGACAGAGAGAAUGCUGAGUGCCUCGUAUUUAUUCAUUUUCCGUCUCAAAUUUAUUUUUUAAAAAAAAUAACCCGACCAGAGAUAAUAAAACACCCAGGCUAAGAGGAGACAAAACCUUCAAAUUAGAAGGUGACCCCCCCCCCAUUCUACCCUCCCUCCCCACCCCCGACAAACCCACACACAACCACCACACACACACACACACACAACCACCACACACACACACACACACACACACACACACACACACCCCACAACACCACACACACACCACCCACACAACACACACACAAGCAUAAACAAGCAAAACCAAAAUAGCACACGGAUGUGAAGUGUAGUGUUUUGUCCAAGAUAUUAAAAAUAUUCACAUUUAAGAAGCUGGAAUCAGAUAAUUUGUCAACCGAAGUAUUGAUUAUCAAAAUAGUUGCAGUUAUUUAAUAGCUGACAACUAAUCAAUUAAUCUUUGCAGCUAAUGAACAUAAUGGUGGUUUAGGGGUCCUCCCUUGAGAAAAAAAGCACCAUUUCACAGAUUGGGAACAUUAUUAUCAUCAUAUCCGUGGUUAAAAAUAUUGGAAAAACUCAAAAAGACCUAAAGACAAAAAUGAAAGUGCAUCAUUAGUCUGAAAAAAGUCCUUUAGUCAGUUUUGAUGCUGUUGCAUUGAUUUUACAAAUCAAUGGGUAUGGGUGACACAAACAACACCUCCACACAAAAACACACACACACACACACACACACACACACACACACACACACACACACACCACACACACACACACACACACACACCCCACACACACACACACACCACACACACACACACACACACACACACACACACACACACACACACCCUCCCUCCCUUUCACCCUGAAAUGGCAUGCACUGUUUUGUCUCUCUCCCAGUCGUCCCCCUUUGGGACCAGUCUCAAAAAGGGAAAAACGGGGUUUCUACGGUGUCAUGUCCAGACACGUUUUGGGCUGGAUGAGAUUUUCUUCAGCAUGUUUGUUCAGCCUGCUCAAUCUGGUGUCAGUAUGUGAGUUUCUCCCUCUCGUCUCUCUUUAUUCCAGCAACACGAGGCUACGUGAGACCUGGAGAGCAGUGUAAAAUAAAACGCUAGCUUUUAAACUCUCAGCGGAUUACCGAAACGUCCCCGAGUUUAUGAAUGAUAUUAAAAAGAAACUCUCUGCUACUGUAUGUUUUAUACUUCGCACCCAGUGGCAUCAUCAUGUUGUGACAUCAUUGCAUGCCCGAGCAUGCUCUUUCUUACUCUUUGGUUUAUGAGGUUGUUUCGAAGUCAAUGUGGAGAUAAUAAUGAAAUGUUUGAAAUGAA